AACCCCAGUGGGAAUACUGUAGACCCUACCUGACAGCUCUCUGCCUCAGCACACAAGAGUGUCGUGCCGUGGAACAAAACACCAACCAUUCAGGAACUCUUGUCAGUGGCAAAGUUGAGACUGCUCAUACGUUGUCUCAUAAAGAGGAAAAGAUUGACAGUAAAUGUACUGACGCAAGCAAAGGUCUGCCCCGACAUUACCAGUCCCGCACACACGCUUGCAAUAUUGCAUUGGUGACGUUCCUCCCAGAGUUCAGCCUGGCCGGCACAACCAUUCCAGCCAAGGGGGAGGAGGACUUCCUCACGCUGGCCGCCUCCCGCCUCAGCCGCAAGAAGCGCGUGAUUGGGGCUGGAGUCGGCGUGGCCAUGGUCCUGGUACUGCUGGUGGCCAUCCCCCUACUGGUCCACACCACCAAAGGUGGCGCAUCCGGAGGGGGCACGCAUUACGAGAUGCUGGGGAGCUGCAAAAUGGUGUGCGACACUUUCACCCCACCUCAAGGAGAGCUGACAGGCUCCUCCCCUCAACCCCCAGACUUGGCAAACCGUAGGGGCAAACAGGGUUUUAGAGGAAACCCAGGACUUCCUGGUCCCCCGGGCCCUAAAGGUCCCCCCGGAGAGCCUGGUAAACCCGGUCCACCUGGGCUGCCGGGACCUGGGCCUGGUGGCUAUGGCCCCUCCUUGUACACCCCCAAGAUCGCAUUCUAUGCCGGCCUGCGGAAACAACACGAAGGGAAUGAGGUUCUGAAGUUUGAUGACGUGGUGACCAAUGUGGGGAACUACUAUGAGCCCACUACGGGCAAGUUCACCUGCCCUCUGCCCGGCAUCUAUUACUUCACCUACCACGUCCUGAUGAGAGGAGGGGAUGGAACGAGCAUGUGGGCUGACCUCAAGAAGAACGGGCAGGUGAGGGCCAGUGCCAUCGCCCAAGAUGCAGACCAGAAUUACGACUACGCCUCCAACAGUGUCAUCCUGCACCUGGACGUGGGCGACGAAGUGUGCGUACAGCUGGACGGCGGCAAAGUUCACGGCGGCAACACCAACAAAUACAGCACUUUCUCUGGAUUCCUCAUUUACCCUGACUGACACGUUGCUCUCGCUCGUCCCCGUUCUGCAUCUAACAGGCUGCAAUUUCAUCAUGCCGAAGGUCGAGCCAACUCAAAAGAGAAUAUCCAGCAAAUGAAUAUCUAAUUGUAUUUUCAUCAGUUAACAUUUACCUCAGACAAACACCUGGUUCGUUGUAAUUCUGUGCCAUGAACAGUGUCUUUCAUGUUUGCUCAGACACACACACACACACACAGGCACCCACAUACUUGACUACACGUUACACGAAUGAAGAUAUCCACCCAUCAGGAGUGUGUGUGCGUGUUAGCAGCCUCUGACCACAUCAUAUGAUGAUACAUUUUCAGCAUAGACACUAAAUUGAAAAAAAGUAUGCACAUAUAUAUAUCUGGGAGCUGAUAAUGUGUCUGAUUCUGUUGAAAAAAAUAAUAAUAUAUAUAUAUAAACAUAUAUAUAUAUAUUAAACAUUUUGGGGGGCGGUAGGGGUGCUGAUGAAAAUGUUGAAAUCAAGGCAAAAACAUAUUGUGUUUUUGUGCCGAAAAUAAAACAAAUAUGACACAAAAUGUUCGCCGUGUCUAUUGAUUGCUUUUUGGUUUGAUAUUUCUCCACCAAGAAUGUAGCAGAGAACAACAUGGUGCCAUGGAGAUGUUUUUUUUUUCAAAUGCCAUGUUAAAGGGAAUGUUCGGAUUGAGAUUGUUGUCUCAAUCCACAAUCCUCAAUCCAUUUUUUAUCAGGUGGUUCUAGUGAAUAUGUGCCCUCAGUUUGUGAAUGGUUUGUGUGCCUUCUUUUGCACAAAUUCAGCAACAAUGGCAAAAUUUCAAAGAGGGUAAUGUUUGUUUGAAAGGUUCAUCGAAAAAUCCGUGCAAAACCGAAAGAUUCAAAAUUGUGUUUACUAUAGUCGUCCUUAUGUAGCUUUGAACAGAACUUACUGACGUUACUUUGCUUUACGCUGAGCUAAGAGUUGUAUUGGUCACAGUUGCGGCAUCUGUUUCCUCAUCGAAAUCAAGCAAAGUGAACACUCGACUACCUAUUUUCAUUCAUUUUACUUGUGAAUGUACUUCAGUCAAGGUGUUUUUCAAAUGCAGGUGUUUCGAGCAUACACAAAGGGUUUCUGUGCCUUACGCGCUCUGUUUCCCUUUCAUCUUCCAUGCAUGAGACUGUUUCUCAAAUCCAAGCUGUGCGGACAAAACUGGUCCACGUGAUAUAAAUAGCUAUCCGACAAGGAUUUUUUUUUUUCGGGAUGCAGUCCAUGCCGUUGUUUGACAUUUGGGGGGAAAACGAGACAUUAACAAGGGACUGUGGAUCUUUGAAUGUGUAUGGAUGUCAUUCGUGUCUAUAAACCAGAUGAAAAAAAAGGAUGGGGGUUCUGUCUGUGUAGUAGCAGAACAACAGAAGCAUGUCAUAUUUGAAAAAUUUGCAUCAAAAAAUAUAAGAUGCCAAUGUAUCCAAAUGAUUAUAUGUAACUAUAUUAUGCAGCGAUGGCUGUUUGAAAGUGUUCUAUAAAUACUGUUGACUUGAACUAUGAAAACCAAGUUUCAUCGCGACACAUGCGUUGUGUAGCACUUGACGUGCGCCAGAGACUUUUGGGGCGCGUGAUGCUUAAAUAGCCUGACUGUGGAUAUGAAUCUGUUCUGUUGAAAGUCACCACGGUGGAACACAAACAUUCCUCUUUGGUGCCAUUCCGGCGGCGUCUUCUGCCGCCGUCACCUGUGUGCGUAGCCAUUGUUGUCACAGUACUUUGUAAGGUUCGUUCUACGUGGCAACUUGAACAACAUGAAACACAAUAAUAAAGAACAUCAUAUUCUGAA